AGCCGUUGUCAGGUGCGCGCACGCUCCGAAGCCUGGGAAGACCUGGGCUGGCCGGGCGCGCGCUAUAGUAUCCCUGGUGCUCGCUCCCGCGCCUCCGGACCUCUUCAAGAUGGCGGCGCUAAGUGGGGGAUCAGCUGAGGGGCUGUCACUGCUUAACGGGGACCUGCUGGAGUCCGACACCGGGGGACUGGGCGGAGCCGGCGAGAUGUCUGUGUCCGGGGGGUUUCCUGAGGAGGUCUGGAAUAUCAAGCAGAUGAUAAAGUUAACACAAGAGCACAUUGAAGCCCUGUUGGACAAAUUCGGAGGCGAGCACAACCCCCCAUCAAUAUAUCUAGAGGCUUAUGAAGAAUACACCAGCAAACUGGAUCUAUUGCAGCAGAGGGAGCAGCAGUUACUGGAGUCUAUGGGCAAUGGAACCGACUCCUCUUCUUUGUCUUCAGAGCUGACUCUUUCCUCUGUCCCGUCUAAUCUAUCAUUGGCACCUUCUACUCUCUCAGCCCUGGGGACCCCGUCCGAUCCCUCUCGUAUCAACCCCAAAUCUCCCCAGAAACCGAUCGUUCGAGUCUUUCUUCCCAACAAGCAACGCACUGUGGUACCAGCAAGGAGUGGUGUGACAGUGCGAGACAGCCUUAAGAAAGCCCUGAUGAUGCGAGGGUUGAUCCCAGAAUGCUGUGCUGUGUACAGGGUGCAGGAUGGGGAGAAGAAGCCGAUUGGCUGGGACACAGAUAUAAGCUGGAUCACUGGAGAAGAGUUACACGUGGAAGUCUUGGAGAAUGUGCCACUUACAACCCAUAACUUUGUCCGGAAAACCUUCUUCACGUUGGCUUUCUGUGACUUCUGCCGGAAGCUGCUAUUCCAGGGCUUUCGCUGCCAGACGUGUUGCUACAAGUUCCACCAGCGCUGCAGCACCGAGGUGCCUCUCAUGUGUGUCAACUACGACCGUCUAGAUUUGCUGUUUGUCUCCAAGUUCUUUGAACAUCACCCGAUAUCUCAGGAGGAAGCUCCUUUUGAAGAGUUUGUCCCGGCUGUUGAAUCGUCGACUCCUCCGCCCCCUCCAGAUGCCACAGGCCCUCCCAGUCUACCAAGUACUUCUCCUUCCAAGUCCAUCCCGAUACCCCAGCCGCUCCGACCUGACGAGGACCACAGGAACCAGUUUGGCCAGAGGGAUCGAUCGUCCUCUGCACCGAACGUGCACAUAAACACCAUCGAACCCGUCAAUAUCGACGACUUGAUUCGAGACCAGGGCCUCCAGCGCAGCGAGGGAGCCCCCUCAGUCCAGCCGACGCGCUGCCAUCGGAAAUACCACUCGCGGGACCCCAGCCCACUCCUUCAUACUCUCCCCAGUGAAAUAGUCUUUGAUUUUGAAUCUGAUCCUGUUUGCAGAGGUUCAACUCCCGGCUUAUCGGCGACCCCUCCUGCCUCCCUCCCUGGCUCCCUCACCAACGUCAAGGCCCUACAGAAAUCCCCAGGCCAGCAAAGAGAGCGCAAGUCCUCCUCGUCCUCAUCGGAAGACCGGAGUCGGAUGAAAACGCUUGGACGUCGCGACUCCAGUGACGACUGGGAAAUUCCCGAUGGGCAAAUCACAGUUGGGCAGAGAAUAGGUUCUGGAUCAUUUGGGACCGUAUAUAAGGGAAAGUGGCAUGGGGACGUAGCAGUGAAAAUGUUGAAUGUAACGGCUCCAACGCCUCAGCAGCUACAGGCCUUCAAAAAUGAAGUAGGAGUCCUCAGAAAAACGCGACACGUGAACAUUCUGCUUUUCAUGGGCUACUCCACGAAGCCCCAACUGGUAAUAGUGACCCAGUGGUGCGAGGGCUCCAGUCUUUAUCACCAUCUGCACAUCAUCGAGACCAAAUUUGAGAUGAUUAAGCUUAUCGACAUUGCAAGACAGACCGCACAGGGCAUGGACUAUUUGCACGCAAAGUCCAUCAUUCACAGAGAUCUGAAGAGCAAUAAUAUAUUCCUUCAUGAAGAUCUGACGGUAAAGAUUGGUGACUUUGGCCUGGCAACAGUGAAGUCCCGAUGGAGUGGGUCUCAUCAAUUUGAGCAGUUAUCUGGCUCCAUUCUGUGGAUGGCUCCCGAGGUCAUUCGGAUGCAAGAUAACAACCCGUAUAGCUUUCAGUCCGAUGUCUACGCCUUUGGCAUUGUUCUGUAUGAAUUAAUGACAGGGCAGUUGCCCUACUCGAACAUCAACAACAGAGACCAGAUCAUAUUUAUGGUUGGGAGAGGCUACUUAGCUCCAGAACUCAGCAAAGUUAGGAGUAAUUGCCCCAAAGCAAUGAAGCGGUUAAUGGCAGACUGUCUGAAGAAGAAGAGAGAUGAACGGCCCCUAUUCCCACAGAUUCUCGCCUCCAUUGAACUACUGGCCCGGUCACUGCCAAAAAUCCACCGCAGUGCGUCAGAGCCGUCCUUGAACCGCGCCGGAUUCCAGACAGAAGACUUCAGCCUGUACACGUGUGCUUCUCCCAAAACUCCUAUCCAGGGUGGAGGUUAUGGAGAAUUUACAGCCUUCAAGUAACUGCACGGCCACCGCGAACCCCUCUGUCCCUCCUUAAGUCUUGUGUUCCUCUAGUUUCUUAGCACUGGAAGUAAAUACAGAAAGGAGCAGAUAAAGGGAAGCGGCAACCGACCACCAGAGAAGGAGGGGAGGGAUAAGGGACCGACCCAACGCUCUACAUUUCCACCAUUUCCCCUUGGAAUUGACCCAACUCUGCUCAGUCACCGGCAUGGAGCGGGAAUGGCCUUUUAUGGAAAUAGAUGGGGCUUUUAUUCCUCGGACUAAUCAGGGGCUUUCCUUCUGUGCGGAACCACCAAUCAGCAUGGGAAGAGCUGCUCCAAUCAUUUUAUUCUUUUUUUUGGACUAAUUUCUGGCAAAUAAAAUGCUGGAUCUCCUUGGUUACAGACCCAAAUAUCCGGUCCCUAAUACUCUUGGCACAGGGUGAGUCCGGUUUGUAAUCCCGGGUCCCUGUUUGUGGCCAGACUACAAAUCCAAUGGUUAUAUGAUGAAGAAUGUUGGGUUUACGGUUGCCAUCUUUGCUGGUUUGAAAAAAUGGACAUAGGGGUGGGGAUGUUUUCGGGGGUGAAGCUUUUGAUGUCAGUUUUGACCCGUAGACAAAACC